AUGGCGGAGCCGGAGAAGAUCGCACGGGGCGAGAAGGUCGUCCGCGAGGACAACUCCGUUGGUAGCGAGCAAGCUGAGAAUGUCAAGACUGAAGCUCCAGGCAUUCUCGAUCCCGAGAACAUCCACAACCGCCCAGCAGACAAGCUCAAUGUCAUGUUUGAGAACCCUCUGGCGAAUGUUCCUCGUGAUCAGCUGUUGAAGGAUGUUACGGAAUUCUGUCAUAAAUACAACCUCACGGAACACAUCGACGAGUUCCGCAAGGGAGCAUUGGUCUCUCAGAACCCAGCUGCAGCUAUGGAUCUCACUGAAUUGACUGAUGAGGAGAAGAACAUCCUCCUCCGAGAGCAUACCCACAAGUGGCACCAGCCGUGGCAGCUCUACUGGCUCGUCAUCAUGUGUUCGAUGGCGGCUGCUGUGCAAGGUAUGGAUGAAACGGUCAACAACGGUGCUCAGGCUAUCUACUUGAAAAACUUGGGAAUUAGUUCUAAAUUCUCCGGAAAACAGUUGGACGACAUCACUGGCUUAAUCGUUGGUGCACCAUAUCUUUGCUGUGCUAUCCUCGGUUGCUGGCUCACAGAGCCCCUGAAUCGGUACUUUGCUCGUCGUGGUACCAUUUUUAUCGCUUGCUUCUUCGCCGCUGUAUGCUCUAUCUGGGAAGGCGUUGCCAACACCUGGGUCAACCUCUUCCUUGCUCGUUUUUUCCUGGGUCUUGGUAUCGGCCCCAAGUCAUCUACCGUGCCAAUCUAUGCCGCCGAGUGCUCCCCAGCACCCAUUCGAGGUGCUUUGGUCAUGAUGUGGCAGAUGUGGACUGCAUUUGGUAUCAUGUUGGGUAAUAUCAUGGGUGUCGCGUUCAUGAGUCUCUCCGAUGACCUCUCCUGGCGUCUCAUGCUUGGCUCUACUGUUGUCCUGCCAAUCAUUGUUUGUGUACAAGUAUACAUGUGUCCCGAAUCUCCUCGUUGGCUCAUUCAACACGGCCAAGUUGAAAAGGCGUUCAAAUCAUUCCGCAAGCUUCGUAGCCACGAUAUCCAAGCUGCGCGCGAUCUUUACUAUGCCUACGUGCUCGUUCAGGUUGAACGUGAAAUCAACAAGGGGAAAAAUUUUUUCACCAUGUUUAUGGAACUUUUUACGGUGGGCCGCAACCGUCGUGCAACCAUCGGUAGCUGGAUUGUCAUGUUUAUGCAACAAUUCUGCGGUGUCAACGUUAUUGCUUACUACUCAACCACCAUCUUCACCACAUCCGGGUACUCCAUUCAAUCUGCACUGCUUGCCUCCAUGGGUACUGGUAUCUUGAACUGGGUCUUUGCCCUUCCAGCUACACUCACUAUCGACACCUUUGGUCGGCGAAACUUGCUUCUCACCACGUUCCCGUUCUUGGCAAUCUGUCUGCUCUGGACUGGUUUCUCAUUCUGGAUUGAGCCGGAUAUAGUGGAUAGUAAGAAACGUGUUGCGAUGGUUACAACGGGCAUGUACCUGUUUGAAAUAUUCUAUUCUCCUGGUGAAGGACCUGUUCCAUUCACCUAUUCUGCUGAGGCUUUCCCACUGCACGUACGAGAAGUGGGCAUGUCCUGGGCGACGGCAACAUGCUGGUGCUUCAACUUCAUCUUGUCGUUUACCUGGCCGUCACUUUUGACGUCGUUCAAGCCUCAGGGUGCUUUUGGAUGGUAUGCUGCUUGGUGUAUUAUUGGAUGGUUCUUGGUUUUGUUCUUUUUGCCCGAGACAAAAGCUCUUACUCUAGAGGAACUCGACCAGGUUUUCUCCGUCCCGACCUGGAAGCACGCCUCGUACCAACUCAAGAAUGCUAUCUGGCAUGUUCGUACCUGGGUCUUCCGCCAGAAAUUGGAGCCAUUGCCUCCAUUCUACCAGGGUAUCGACAAGCUCAACGAGUCUUGA